CAUUCUUAUCUUCAUUAAUUUACUUCUAAAAGGAAUGAUAUUGAGAGUAUGGGAUACCUUCUUCAACGCAUGGAAGUCAUCAAUGAUAAAACUUUUUGCGUCCUGUACAGCGGUUCAGGGUUGUUAUUCUCUGGUAAGGGACUACAAACAUCCUGGCUUUUCACAAAUGAGAGCGGACGCAGAGCGACCAAUAAGAUCCGAACAUGUUGUUGCAAAUGUUACAAAGAGAAAUGAAACAGGAAUUGAAGGGGAGGGGUGAAGCACGUACGCAGCCACAUUGAAUAAAAAAACACUUGUUCUCAGUUCCAUCAGUAUAAAUGCCGAAUACCAACCUGGCUGCCAGCCGCGCUGUACAGGGUGUCCGUAUUUUACUUGAUGAGAGAUUGGACUGGUUAUGGAACAGCGUGAAGAUGUUGAACUGCCUGUAGUUUUUAGAGACGAGAGUACGAGAAGAAGGAGGAAGAUGAAAGCUUUUACUUCAAAUUCUUUAGUCACAAUGGAUCAAAUAACCAUUGAGUUCGUAUUACCCACUUCCAACAAAUUUAAUAAAACACCAGAGGUCAUCCUUGUUGAUGUUGCAGGGAAUUGCACAGUCGAGCAGGUUAAAACCCAAGUGUGGAUGAAAGCAGUUGCAGCAAACCUGUGUCCUGAGUUUUAUCAGAAGUACUCCCCCGAUCAGUGCAUUCUGCGUUAUCAAAAAAAAGGACACUGGUACGAGAUUUAUGACAAACAUCAGGUAUUUCAGACCUUGGACUGUAUACGCUACUGGAAAGCACUGAAAAAAGAUCAAGGGAGAAUACAUUUGGCUUCCAGACCACAGCCAACUGACAAAUCCCAGCAGUACCAGAGGUACCUGAAUUAUCUGAUUGGGUACGAUGUCACUGAUGUGAGCAAUGUGCACGAUGAUGAGCUUGAAUUCACUCGAAGAAAGUUACUGACCCCACGAAUGAUUGAAUUGGCAGAACGGGACCCAAAGCUUUAUUCAAUGGAUCCUUGGAUCACAUCAAAACCCCUUCCAGAGUACCUUCUUAACAAGAUAAGCAACAAUCAUAUCUUAGUAGUUAUUCACAGGCAUACAUCCAGUCAGACCAUAAAGGUGUCUAUCGAUGACAAACCCCUGCAGAUUCUGCAGAGUUUUUUCACCAAGAUAGCAAAAAAGAGAUCACUGCUUGGUAUCCCAGAAGAGGUUAGUGAGCAGGAUUUUGUCUUGAGGGUCUGUGGCCGAGAAGAGUACAUUUUUGGUAACCAUGCUAUAAAGGACUUUCACUGGGUGAGGCAGUGUCUGAAAAAUGCCGAAGAGAUCCACCUGGUCUUGGAAUCUGCACCAAACCCAGACCAAGACGUUGUUCAUAAGGAGGACUGGUCACUCGUAGAUGAUUGUACAGGGGUCGCUGGCUCUCACGAGCAGCUAACGAUAGUUGAAAAAGACCACGAGAAAGUGUUUACUAUUUCUAUGUGGGACUGCAACAGAAACUUUCGAGUCAAGGUCGUAGGCAUAGAUAUCCCCACCCUCCCGCGUAAUUCUGAGCUGAUUGUGUUUGUGGAAGCCAGUAUUUUCCAUGGGCAGCAGCUUCUAGCUCAAGAUCGAACGUCUUCCAAGCCAUUUACAGAAGAAGUCCUUUGGAAUACCUGGCUGGAGUUUAAUAUCAAGAUUAAGGAUCUGCCCAAAGGGGCUCGGCUAAGCCUCCAAGUGUUCUGUGGGAAAGCUCAAACUCAGACCGGGAAGGCUGGCUUUCAGGAAAGUGUCAACUAUGACUCCAAGUGCAAGAACCGGUUGCUAUACUAUGUCAACCUCUUGCUGAUAGACCACCGUUCACUGCUGAGGCAAGGCGAGUACAUCCUCCACAUGUGGAAGGUGCCAGAGAAGAGCGAAGAUCACAGCAGCAUCAACGCAGACAAGCUCACCUCGGCCACCAACCCUGACAAAGACAACUCCAUGGCUAUAGUCAUCCUGUUGGACAAGUACUGCUACCCCAUUGCUCUGCCGAAAGGUCAAGACUCAGUGGAGACGGAGGGCGAGAGGGGAAGGAGGGAGAUGCCCAACCACCUGCGCAAGCAGUUCGAGGAGAUCGUCGUGACUGACCCCCUGCACCCGCUGAGCCCGGAGGACAAGGAGCUGCUCUGGCAUUUCAAGCAGGAAUGCAUGAGAUUCCCGAGGGCGUACCCCAAGUUUCUCAGCUCGGUGAAGUGGGGGAAACAGGAGGCGGUCUUAGCCACGCACCAGCUGCUUGAAAAGCACGACACCUGGGAUCGCAGUCCCCUGGACGUGGGGCUUGCCAUGCAAAUGCUGGACUGCAACUUCUCUGAUGCCAACGUCCGCACCAUGGCCGUGAGAAAGCUGGAGACCCUGGGGGACGAUGAUGUACUGCGGUACCUCCUGCAGCUUGUGCAGGCUGUGAAGUUUGAACCAUAUCACGACAGCGCCCUGGCUCGGUUCUUACUGAAACGUGCUCUGAGAAGCAAAAGAAUUGGUCACUUUUUAUUCUGGUUUCUGAGAAGCGAGAUUGCUCAGUCCAUGCACUAUCAGCAGAGGUAUGCUGUCAUUCUGGAGGCCUACUUGCGUGGCUGUGGAGAAGCCAUGCUGCAGGACUUCAGGAAGCAAGUGGAAAUCACAGAGGCCCUUCAGAAAGUCACCAGGGAAAUAAAAACUAUGUCAGCCGACAAAUACGAUGUUUCAGUACAAGUUGUCUUUCAGCUGCGACAGAAGCUCGAAAACUUGCAGUCGUCAGGUCUUCCGGGGAGCUUCAGAGUUCCCUACGACCCCGGACUGAGAGCUGGAGCGCUCGUGGUAACUGGGCCUCGCCUUUCCCCACUCCUCUUCUCUGUAGCUGCAGUGGCUCGCUGCGCAGUUCCGCCUAACCCCUGCCUCUUUCAGGUGGAGCAGUGCAAGGUCAUGGCUUCAAAGAAGAAGCCUCUGUGGCUGCAGUUCAAGCGCGCCGACCCUACCACCUUGUCCAGUGACACCAUUGGGAUAAUCUUUAAAGACGGGGAUGACCUACGACAGGACAUGCUUAUUUUACAGAUUCUUCUGAUAAUGGAGUCUAUAUGGGAAACAGAAUCUCUGGACCUGUCUUUGCUACCAUAUGGCUGCAUUUCUACUGGAAAUAAGAUAGGGAUGAUUGAAAUAGUGAAAGAUGCCACAACCAUUGCUAAUAUUCAGCAGAGUACAGUUGGCAACACUGGAGCAUUUAAAGAUGAAAUUCUGAACCAGUGGCUGCGAGAAAGAUGUCUGAAUGAAGACAAGUUUCAGCUGGCUGUGGAGAGGUUUGUUUACUCCUGUGCUGGCUAUUGUGUUGCAACCUACGUUUUGGGGAUCGGAGACAGGCAUAAUGACAACAUUAUGAUUACAGAAUCGGGUAACCUUUUCCAUAUAGAUUUUGGACACAUUCUUGGAAAUUACAAGAGUUUCCUUGGGAUUAGCAAGGAAAGGGUUCCGUUUGUGUUAACACCAGAUUUUCUUUAUGUCAUGGGCACUUUUGGAAAGAAGACUAGUCCUCACUUCCAGAAAUUCCAGGACGUUUGUGUAAAAGCGUACCUAGCCCUUCGGCAUCACACAAAUCUCCUGAUCAUCUUGUUCUCCAUGAUGCUGAUGACCGGAAUGCCACAGCUGACCAGUAAAGAGGAUAUUGAGUACAUCCGGGAGGCACUCACCGUGGGCAAGACGGAGGAGGAGGCACAGAAGCACUUUCUGGACCAGAUCGAAAUCUGCCGGGACAAAGGCUGGACUGUGCAGUUUAACUGGUUUCUGCAUCUUGUCCUUGGAAUCAAGCAAGGCGUGGAGAAACGCUCAGCUUAGGGUGUUUUGCCGUGGUGCCUAUGCACAGCUCUGUGAGUUCCCUGGGUGUAGAGUUAAAUCUAAUACUGAAGGGAAAACGUCACCUUUCAAACCUAACAAAAUCCAGUUACCUUCUAUACUGCCUUACUUUUAAAGAUUGUAUCGCUCUUUCAAAAAUCUGAAACAGCAACUCUGCUGCUUGAAAGAGGCCUCUUCUGUUGAGAAAUAUAGCAUUUGAAAUCUUGUCAAAGCUUAAGCUUUUGCUUCAUUGGCAAAGCAGCAAUAGAAUUCAGCACAGUGUUAAUAUUACAUCUGGCCUGUGUUAGAUACAGACUGUACUGUAUUUAGCUUAAAUUAUGCCAGAGGACAAUAUGAAACAUCAAGAAUUUAGUUUUUAAAGAGGUUCUGGAUAAGGCUAUAUCUUCCUUAUAAAAAUAAGUAAAAGUUUUUUUUGCAGAAAUGGAGAGAAACCAAAAUGUCAUGUUCAUGUGUCUUUUCGUGCAAAGUUGUAUUUAUAUUGCAUAUGUAAAGUAUUUUGAAUAUAGAUUGAAAUAGUGCCAACAUUUUUUUAAGGAUAGACCGAGCUUUUGUUUCUCAGUGCACUUAAAAAUAUUAUUCCCACUGGGGAAUUGUAAUACACCAGAAAGUGAUUAUAUUGUUGGUUGCUUUGUACUUCGAGACAGCAUUAGGUUAUACACGGUGCAAAGACAAGUGUGCAUUUUAAGUGAUAUCAGUGGUAUGGAUAUUUCAGGGGGCACAGUACACUGGGUGAGAGCCCUUUCCACAUGGUUAUGAUUUUACACUGGACUGGAAAAAGACCCUAGAGGGACAGCUGCUACCCUCAUUUCAGGGUAGCAGUUUGCAGUGCCAUUAAAAAACGAUGACAGGCAACAGUUGUGCACUUACACAAGGGCACUGUGCACAAAGAAUGUGGACCAUGCACAUCCAUCCAUUGUCAGGAAGCUUCGAAUCAGGACCCUAGAGAUGUGUGGCAGUGGUGCUAACCACCAUGCCUAUUUCUAAGUUUAAAUUAUGCGUUACCUUUCACAUUUGCACAAAACUUUCAUGCAGCAAACAUGAAUUCAGAUUCAAAACAAUUACCAAUUAGAAUGGCAGAAGGAAUAUUAAAAUGAAUAAACCUGAAAAGCUUAUACAUUUUAUAAUAACAGAAUAAAGACAAACUAGCAUACUUUAUGCUAACAAAGUCACAUUAUAGAAUUCUUGUUUUUGAAAAGGAUAAAUAAUUUGCAUGCUGAAAUAAGCCACAAAACCAUUUGCCUGUUAUUAUGUGUAGUGUUGAAAAAAUUAGUAAAUGGCACAAUUGUGCAUGCCAUGAGUAUAGCUCUGCCUUACAGGACUGGAUUAAGGUAAAAGUUAACCGCCAUCCACCACUCACAAACCAGAUACGUACAGCCUGGGCUCCUGUGGGCAGAAGCAAGAAGCUAAAUGCAAACAUCAGGUAUGAUUUUCAUGAUAUACAUCUGAUGUGUGUUUGAAGCUUUAGUUUAAAUAAAGGAUUAAUUUCCAGAACAUGGAUAAGAUUUGACAGGGUUAUCAGUUUCUUGGGAGUAUGUUCUCAUUUUUUUUAAAUUGGAGUAAAUACUCAGGGUCCUGUCCUAGUUUUUGUGGACCAGGUAUAGUACGCUUUUGUGUCUGAGCCUCGGGAUUUCAGCUUCAGUAAUAAUGGAUGCCAAGGCUGAAGCAAAGAGCCACUAAUUUAAACUGCGUCACUGCACCUUUGUGCUUCGAACUUCCGAUCUCAUGAGAAGAACUGGAUCUAAUCAAUCUCAUCUUUUUUCUGUUGUUUAAGAAUAAAAGCAAGGAAAUGAAACUGUC